AUGGACUCCUCGAGCGAAUCUUCGUCCUCAGUGUCCGACUUCGAAGAUAAGGCGGACUCUUACAAGUGUAGCGUGCACAAUCUCACAGCAAAGGUGUUUCUGAAUCGGCCUCUCCAAGACCUAAUCCCAGGACGAUACUUGAGAAGGGCAGAGCAUACCGGCGUCGCUCAACGCAAAGCCUGGAUCUUCCGCGGUGGCGCCGAGGAUGGACGCCAGGUGAACCAGAAAGAGUGGUCCAAGAUUGAUAUUCGGUACCGCGGCGUUUUCAAAACACUCAGCAAAGUUCCGCAGUUCAAAAAGGGCCUGUGGGAAGGCGGCAGUGAGAAGUGCCAUGGCGAGCUCAACGAUAAGAGCCGUCUUGCCCAGGCUCAGCUUGUCUACGCUCUAUUGAGUGAUGUGACUGAAAUGUUAGACCUGCAGAGACCAACAAAGGAUGGCAAUUCCAUCUUCUAUCUGCGACCACGUCUUCUCGACUCUUUCCUUGAAUAUUGGACAGGUUACCGAGAGAAACACAAAGACGGCCCCAAGACUGCCGGUUUUCUGGCCAUGGACUUCGAGCCUGAUAAUGGAGGCUGUGUGCCCAUUCUCCCAGUAUCCUCCACAACAAAAGAAGCCCCCUUGACCGAAGUCCUUGACGACAAAUUCAAAUUGAUUCUUGGUCAACUCCUCCUCCACAUCCGCCCACUCCCACUCCCUGGCGACAGACUCCCAGACCAAGAGAUCUUCCUCUUAGGAAUCCACGGCUCGAAGCUCCAUCUCCUACGCGCUUACUUCCCAGGCCAAAAGAUCUCCAGUCUCUGGUGCCGCCGCUACAUCCCAGCCCAGGAAACCUUUACCCUCAUUCCUCGACCCUUGCGCCACCGUAGCUCAUCUUCUCCGAACCCAAGGAUCAAACACAUGGACGACAGCGAUAGCCAGCACUAUGACGCCGAUCAUGGACACAAUAUCCCGGACAAGUCUCGCACCACCUCUCGCACUGCCUCCUACACAAGCUUCCCUAGCUAUAUCCAGCACCACCAGCAAAGCUCAACAGAAACCCUAUCCGAAGACAUUGGCGAGAUGUUCGAUAUAAACCUCAUGGAGCCGCUGGACCCCAACCUCCAGUCCUCUCACAGCAGGCCCCGUGCUCACAGCCACACACCGCGCUUCUACACCAAAAAUAACCUCGAGCGCAUCCGCCAGCAACUCGACGCCACUAAAAUGGAGUUCCUGGAUAAUGAGCCAGACACCCGCACCUUCCGCAUCUUGGGGACAAGAGAGUACGAUCUCUGGAAGCGGAAGGACUUCUACACGGCCGUGCAAAUGCUCGUCGCGCUGCAGAUGUAUCUCUUCUCUGGUAAGGCUCUAUGCGGAGCUCUGCAGGAGACUUUCGAGAAGCAUCCUAUCCGCCGGGGCGAGAAAGAUGAUGACAGCAACGAGAACAGUGACUUCGAGUCUGAUUCUUCUGUGGAUGAGAUGACGGAUCAGCAGCGGACGUUGGUUUUGGAGCGCCAUGCGGCUAUUGAGGAGGCGAGGGUUAUCCGCAGUGAGAGGGAGCUCCAGAGAGUGGAGGAGUUACAGCGGCGAGAGGAGCUCGCUGAGAUACAGGCGAGGGAGGAUAUGCGGUGGGGGGGAUCUAGAUCGGAUUGGGAGUUUGGGGGAAGCGAGAAAGCCUUGGUGGGAUUUCAUGUGGAAGGAUGGAGAUGGGCACCAAGAGGAUUUUCCUGA